GGCGAACGGGAGCGAGUGGACGCGUCCCUGCCAGCCCUCGCCCCGCCUGUCUGCUCGUCACCUUUUCCUUCUGGCAGGUGGUAAACAAGGCAGCCCUGGCGCCCAAGGGGCGGCGGCGGCCGUGGCGGCGGCGGCGGCGAUAGAGGGCAGGGCCCCAGCGACCCGGGCUGGGCUCUGGGCCCCCUACCCGCACCCGCGCUGCGAAGCGGUGCACCAGACCCGGGGGCUCUCAGGAGGGUCCGGGGAGAGGUGCAGGAGGGGGUCUGCCCGGGGUCACUGGACACACCUGGGCACUCGGGCAGGGUCUGUGGUGGCCUCCGGGGGGUUAGGCAGGGCCCUGCGAGGAUAUGGGAAGGGGCAAUCCGGGGCUACGUGGGCCGGCAGGGGUACCUAGGCUAUCUAGAGGGGAACCGGGGGUGCCGGGGCCACAGGGGGCCGGACCGUGUUCUGUCGGGACCUCUGGGAGAGUCGGGAUCCUUCUCGAUGCUGGCGGGGAAGAGUUUGGGAUCUGGGAUUCUGGCGGCAGUUGGGGGAGGGGGCAGUAGGACACCUCCAGAGAUGCCCACAGGGUGUUCGGAGGGGUCCGGGAAUACUGGGGUUAAACAGCUAAGUCCAGAGAUAUCUUGGGGGCAGGCGGGGUCCACGGGCAAGCGAGGGACAGUCGGUGACCUUCGCAACUGUGGAAGAGUGGUCCCGGGUCUCCGGGAUCUUGAUGGCCACUCUAGGUCUUCGGUCAUCGGGGGGCGUGGGGGCUCGCUGAGACUGAAGGUGGGCGUUGAUCUGCCCUUUCCGUUCGCCAGGCGGUGGCCUUCCUCCGCGCGCGGGCCCCAGCGCCCGGGAGCGGCUGGCGCGGCUGGACGCGCGCCCCCUGGCGGCCCGAGCUGCGGCGGACGUGGCGGCGCUGCCAUUAGCGUGCUGGAUUCGGCGGACAUAGAGGUCACGGACAGUCGCCUUCCUAAUGCCACUUUCAUGGCACAUCGGCCCCAGCAUCGUCGGUCAGAGACUUUGGGUACGCGUACGGCGCCACCCCAAGUGACCCAGAGUAAGACACGUGGUGCUUCGAAGCCGCUCCAGGCCUCUGGUCGGUUCUGUGUGGAACUGAUUCGCAGUUCCAUGGGCUUUGGCCUCACAUUAAGUGGAGGCCGAGACACAGGCGGGGACGCUCCACUGGCAGUGCGCGGGCUGCUGAAGGAUGGGCCAGCACAGCGCUGUGGUCGCUUGCAGCCUGGCGACCUCGUGCUCCACAUCAAUGGAGAGUCAACGCAGGGGCUCACCCAUGCCCAGGUCGUGGAGAGGAUUCGUGCAAGCGGCCCGCGGCUCUGUCUGGUGCUAAGCAGGCCUCCUAAGACCCACCCCGGCAAGCCUGAGGGCGUGGGAGGGUCCCGGAAAGAAGAUGAUCUCAGCCCAGAUCCUGGGAGACCAGAGGUGAUGAGGUCUCGCAGCGCCAGCACUUCCCCGCUUCAGCACCCUCGACCCCGUACGACUCCCCAAACCCGGGGCAGCGCGGAGCUUAGCCCAGCAGGAGCAGCCGACGGCCCCGCGGAUCCUCCGCUUGAGCGCUGCACGGAGGACCCAGAAGACCAAACCCCAGAUUCCCCCGGACCCUGGCUGGUGCCGAGCGAGGAACGGCUCUCGCGGGCCCUAGGGGUCCCGGGGGCAGCGCAGUUCGCCCUUGAGAUGGCAGCCGGAAGGCGGAGGCACUGAGCGUGCAUCAGACGGCUUACUUGGUAGUGCCCAUCCCGGAUGUAGCGCGCUCUGCCCAUGCCUAUUAGCAUUGCGCGGAGAGCUUCCAGUUGGUCUGGUCUUCCAGCAGCUCAGUCGACCAGCCCGGGCUCCCCUCGCGGCGUCAGUGGUAUGGCCCUCCUGGACCGGCUCGCCCUGCACUUCUAGAUUGGGGGGGGGGGAGAUAAUAAAAUGGUUCGGUCCAGUCCUGACUUUCCAGGUGCUGUAGGCCGGGUGGGGCUCCCAAGUCCAACCCGUAAAGGGGGUGGGUCGAUCUGGUCUCCAGGAGGGCCUCUUCUAGCAGCUGUUGACAAGCUUACUUCGUACUGUUUCUUUCUUGCCAUUAAGAGACUUCUUUGCUUCUGCUGGCAUGCUUUCUGCCCACUCCGUUCCCCUUGGCCAACUCCUGCUUCUCUCCCCAUUCAUUCAUUUCACUUUUUUGGAGGUGUGUAGGGCUCACAGUUAAUUAUUGUGCACGGCGUGGAGAAUGCAGAAGUGGGGCCUAUUGUGUCGGAAGUGCACCAGUAUACCCAGAGCCCAGUCGAGAAUCGUCCAGAUCCCCAGCGGGGGCUGAAAUUGCAAGAUUAGAACCAGGGCUGCUUCUUUCGCUGAGCGUCUGCGGUCUCUCACUUCCCCCUUGGUCGGCCAGCUUUCCCUAGCCUGUAGACUGCCACCCCCAGGGCACGAGCUGGGGCCCUGGAGCCCCCAUCGGGGUGGAGCCAGAAGGUGUGAGUCAGCGGGCCGGGCUAAAAAAGGCUGUUAAAACCUUUGGGCCGCGCCCCCCCUCUUCCAUAGAUGGUGACGAAAGGCAGCUGGGCUUGUGUGCACAAGACACACGCUGGGCGUUCCCGGUCCCGGGAGAGGCCAGAGUCUCCUCUACCCUGGGAACAGAGCCCCAAAGUCAAGGCUUAUAUGACCAGCCAGACUCCAAUCCAUGUAGUCCCAAAGCGGGCGCUGACCGAAGCUAGAAAUGUCUGGUCACCUCCGAUGUCACCACAUCCUGAACACCUGGUCUCAUCCCCCCGAAGAAGGAAGCUGUGGUCUGGAGGGAAUGGGCAGCUCUUACCCCUUUGGGGAGGGGCUGGAGAGGUGGGGAAGAGAAAUGAAAGGACCAGAUCGUGAGUGUCCAUGGCGGCUCUGGGGAACAGAGAAGGAUUGUAAAGCCAGGCUUGGCGCCAGGUGAAGAGGUGAAAUCUUAAAUAAUUAGCGCUGUAGCCAUUGUGGGGGAGUGUGCCCGGGCUUCUAGCUGACCCUGACUCAGAGCCUGGUAGAGGUGUGGCUCUAGGGAAUUCAGGCAAGGGCUCUAGAGCCCCAGUCCUAUAAACACAGUCACACCCAGGAGACUAAAAUAAUAGUAACCCCAGCCAUCAUUUACUUAGCCUUAUCUGGGCUACAGGCUUUACCAGCACGAUCUGGUUUUCUUUUCUUUUUUUCUUAAUUUUUUUUUUUUGUCUUUUUGCCU